AUGAUAGAUCUGGCCACGAAGCUUCGUGUUGCUGUCCUGCUCAAGGUCUACCCAGAGCUCUCCGCCGAUGAAGUGAUCCGGGCUCUGUCAAUGGCCUGGUUGGCACAGUAUCCAAAGCCCAAGAUGAUCGUGGCCGACAAUGCUAAAAGCUUCAUCUCCAACCGCUUCCACGAGUUCAUGAUGGAACUGAACAUCCUCUUGCACUUCCCUCCGGAGAAGGAACCAUGGUCUCAUGGAAUUGUCGAGGCGGCAAUUCAAGAUGUGAAGCAUGUGGCAACUGCCAUUCAGACAGAGUCCAUGGAGAACAAGCCUGAAGUCACCUUGGCCCUGACCACAUCGGCCUUGAACAGCACAGAGUACACCGCUGGCUUCUCCUCACACCAGUGGGCAUUUGGUGCAAAGCUCUCCAUCUCAGAUGAAGGUGUUCGACUUUGGCGAGCAGUUGAUCCAGCACUGGACUUUGUGAAUGUCUCCCAAGCUCGUCUUGCUGCAGAAGAGAUCGCCAGAAGAUCUCGUGCGAGAAGGGUGCUGAGUAAGUUGACCAACACCACCGUGAAACAGCCACUGCGAAGCUAUAAGCCAACUGAACUGGUGAUGGUAUGGCGCCAAGUACAAGUUGGUGAACAACAUCAAGGUCCCAGAGGCGGCCACAAGAAAUCGGGACGUCCACAUUGGGCUGUUCCUCACCAAGGUGAAGAAGAUGAUCGCCAGCAUAUCCUUUGGAUUCUGGUUGGGCGCAAACUCUCGCGCUGCUCUGUCCACUCCGUCAGACCUGUGACAGAGUCAGAACGACUUCACUAUGAGCUGACCUCCGGUGAAGAUCCUUCAAGUUGGAAGACACUUCAAGAUGUUCUUCCUCGACGUGAGUAUGUUGAUAUCACCUCCAAGGUUCCUGGCCCUGAAGAUCGAGAACUCCCUGAUCUACCUCCAGAACCUGAUGGCGCGACCUAUGCUCCAAUCCGACGGGCUAUUGGCAAGUCCACUCUCUGGCCUGAGGACUACAAGAAGGUUCAUCGAUCCUCACCGAUUGGACAAGAAGAACAGAAGCCUCCACGUCCUCCUAAAUAUCUACCAGAUCCAGUUCCUCUACCAGAAGGUGCACAUUCCUCGUCUUCACGGACACCUCCACCGAAGGUAUCAGACGAAGAGUACUACCCCACCAGCGCAGAGGAGGAAGGACCGGUGAAUGAGUAUGAGGACAAGAAGCAAACUGCACCUCCCUUGGACAACACCGCUGACGAGCCCGAUUACAAAAAGGUUUGCUUUGAGGGCGACAAGAAGGCCACUUCCGCGGUCGAUGAACCGGACUACAAGAAGCUCAAGCUGGAACUUCUUCAUGAAGAAGCAGAACGUGAGAUCACCCACAAUGACAUCUUCAACGUCCUUGAGGACUAUGUGAACUUGAAGCACCUCAUCGAGCCAAGGACGUUGGGGUCAGAGCAACUCUUAUGGGCCGAGAUCCACGGCGCCAGCUUCGAUGUGAAGGAGCUUCGCGGCAUCGACCUGGUGGACAAGAUGGAAGCUGUUGCUCGCUUGGUCCGUGGCGUGCUCUGCACGGACUCUCGUGGCGGCUACGACGCCAUGGAGAUCAACGAAUCUCCCAUGCUGGGCCUCUCAAACAUGAGGUCGGCCCUCCAGGCCUUUCAGUUGAGGGACAACCUCAAGCGGGCCGGCUGUGAGUUGAGGUGGUUGGCAAGCGACUAUGACUUAGCCGACGCCCUGAUGAAGAAGAAAGAAGACAGCAGGCAUAGCAUGCUCCGCUACCUCACCACCUGGACCUGGGCAAUAGCCUAUGACCCGAGCUUCACAACAGCGCCAAGAAGAACAAGAAGGUUGGCCGUGGAGCACUAG